AGAUCGGGCCUCUCAAGUCACCCAGGCGCGCCUUGAGCUUGUGCCAUCAGGUGUAGCCACGGUUAAAUGCUGUGGAGUGCUCCUGAGAACUCUCAAGAUUGAAUACCCACUUAGAAAACCCUUUCUGUCUUUACCCUGCCGUAUCUUACUAGAAUGCCACUUGCAUUUGGAGUUGAGAAUCGGUUUUGAAACUAGGCAUUUCUUUGUAUGUGUUUGAGAGAGUCCGUGCCUCACAAUGUCACAUUGUAACCCACGAUGGCCUCAGCCUGUUAACACCAUUCCCCUGUCGCAGCUGGAAAUUGAACCUACGGCUUCAUUAGUGCAACAGAAUCACUCUACCACUGAGCUAUAUUCUAUUCCCAGCUCCUGCAUUUAUUCUGAUACAUAGUUUUCAAUUUUCUAUAGACCUCUAAGAUGCACCUGGGUAGCACCCUAAUCCCAGUUGCUGUUCCCCAGUCCUCGUGGCCAGAUUGUAGUUUAAUUGGUCUGGGUCCAGGCAUCAAGAUUCUCGGGAUUUGAAGAUGGCUGCACAGUCAGCGCCGAAAGUUGUGCUAAAAAGCACCACCAAGAUGUCUCUGAAUGAGCGCUUUACUAAUAUGCUGAAGAACAAACAGCCGAUGCCAGUGAAUAUUCGGGCUUCGAUGCAGCAGCAGCAGCAGCUAGCCAGUGCCAGAAACAGAAGACUGGCCCAGCAGAUGGAGAAUAGACCCUCUGUCCAGGCAGCAUUAAAACUGAAGCAGACUUUAUAUGCAAGUCCGGACAGUGGCUGUGGAAGGAUAUGUCCAAGCUGUGGCUGGGCGUCCAGAGGGCGGUGCCAUGCAACUAAGAGCUUAAAGCAGCGCCUGGGUAAAAGUAACAUCCAGGCACGUUUAGGCCGACCCAUAGGUGCCCUGGCCAGGGGAGCAAUUGGAGGAAGAGGCCUACCCAUAAUCCAGAGAGGCUUGCCCCGAGGAGGACUACGUGGGGGACGUGCCACCAGAACCCUGCUUAGGGGCGGGAUGUCGCUCCGAGGUCAAAACCUGCUCCGAGGUGGACGAGCCGUAGCUCCCCGAAUGGGCUUAAGAAGAGGUGGUGUUCGAGGUCGUGGAGGUCCUGGGAGAGGGGGCCUAGGGCGUGGAGCUAUGGGUCGUGGCGGAAUCGGUGGUAGAGGUCGGGGUAUGAUAGGUCGGGGAAGAGGGGGCUUUGGAGGCCGAGGCCGAGGUCGUGGCCGAGGGAGAGGUGCCCUCACUCGCCCUGUAUUAACCAAGGAGCAGCUGGACAACCAAUUGGAUGCAUACAUGUCGAAAACUAAAGGACACCUGGAUGCUGAGUUGGAUGCCUACAUGGCACAGACAGAUCCUGAAACCAAUGAUUGAAGCCUGCCUGCCUGCCCGCCUGUUAGACUCUUGUUAAAGUCACCACAUCUAUAAAAAAAAAAAAAAUAACCUUCAGAAAACGUGAGAAGAAACCUGAUUGAUGCUGGAAGGACCUAUCACAAUAGGCUGUGGACUUACCUGCCACCAGUUGGGGCAAUUAGUCUGUUCCGUCUACUUUUUGAUACUGUGUUAUAUGAAACCCUAUUUUCCUUUGAUUUGGUUGAGUUUGUUUUGUUGUUUAUCCAGUCACCCAGACUUCUGUUUGAACAGGAAUGCUUUGGCCUUGUGAGUAGAACAUUUUUCCAGCCUCUGCCUCACCGUCUUAUCUGACAUUUUAAUAUUUCUUCUGUUCAUCUUUAUGAUCCUGAAAAAGGUUCCCAGGAGGGAGCUACUGUUCUCACUAAUGUGUGUUCUCUGGGAUACAGUUCUUCUACAUCUUCCUUAAAACUUCUGUUAAUAGCUAAAACUAAAAGUGUGUCUGCUGUGUGAUGGUGAAGGUAGUCAGUUGGAAACGUUGGUAUUGCUGCUGGGCCAGGAACAGCUUACACAUGGUAGCAGCUUUGAUUUGGUCAAGUUGGUGCUGCCUACAUUGACAUCACAUAAGUGGUAGCUGACAUGCUGAGCUGGAUAUGUACAAUUUCCACCCUAAAAGAUUUUUAAGCUUUCGUUUGGGUUUGUGUCAAGUCCAAGAGACUUGUGCACAUCCAGGGUAGAAGAAGCCAUUCAGGUGUGACACGAGGCAGAAGAAACAAGGGUGGGAACUGUUUACAAGCUAACUGCUGGGAAGGGGUCACCUGAUGCUGAAGUGCAGUUACCUAUGUUUGUCCAGAACCAGUUUGGGUCUAAUCCACAUAACUGGCUUUAUUUGACCCUCUUGAAGGUUUAAGUUCAAGCAUAUUUUGUCAGCUGUUCAGUUUCAGUGGAAUCUUGUACUUCUGGUUCAUUAUAACAAUUGUUCUCUCAAAUUCAA